GAGUGGUUGAUCCUGGGCAUCUCCAUAAUAAGAUGCUCUUCUUCAGUCUCCUUCCUCCGCCACCAAUAAAAUCUCUCAAUCAGCUCUCAAUUCAUCAUUCAUCUUCAUCAUCAUCAUGAAUACCCAGCAGCAGCAGCAGCAGCAGGAUUCUCCGGUGUUCGAGGCCUUGGCUCUUAAUUAUCUCACCUUUGGAUUCCAAACCCUAGCCAACAGCUUGUGGGCCUGGAUUACAGUUAUAACCACCGCCGCCGCCGUCACUUUCUGGGGAACUAAUACAACCACCGCCGCCGCCGCCGAUUCUCCACAAGACCUUCCCCCGACAACCACGGUGCCGGAGGAUGAGCAGUACUGCCGAUUGGCUUCCACUUCCACCUCUGCACCUGAUCCGGCAUCAAUUUUCUCUGCCGAUUGCGACACCACGAUCGAAAGGACGACGAGUGGAAAAUUCGCCGUCUAUUUCGCCGUCGAGGAGGAGGAAAUGCAUUUCGAAGAACAACGGGAAAAUUGGGCGGAUUCAUCAUUUGGCAAACUGUCUAUGGAGGAAUGGGAGGAGAGGUUGAAGAUGAGAAUGGAUUUUAGUUGGUACAGAUUUCAGGAUUUGACGGUUAUAGACGGUAACGUCGUCAAGGUGUGGGGAGGAGAUGACAUGAGACGCUGUUAAUUAUUUAACAGUUUCAUUGUGCAUUUCUGGUAGCUUAAUUGGUUAUUGAAUUUAAUUAGUAAGUACUAAGUAGUAACAGCUUGCUUGCUUGCUUGUAAACAACUUUUAUUUUAUUGCUGAUUCACAAUUGGAAUUAUGAGCAAUAUCAGUUAUUUUACUCA